UACACAUUUUGGAACUUUGUACCGAAAAAUUUGUUUGAGCAAUUCAGAAGAAUAGCGAACUUCUAUUUUCUCAUAAUUUUCCUUGUUCAGUUAAUUAUUGAUACACCUACUAGUCCAGUCACAAGUGGACUUCCACUUUUAUUUGUCAUCACAGUUACAGCUAUCAAACAGGGUUAUGAAGAUUGGCUUCGACAUAAAGCUGACAAUGCAAUGAACCAAUGCCCAGUUCAUUUCAUUCAACAUGGCAAACUGGUUAGAAAGCAAAGCCGAAAAUUAAGAGUUGGAGAUAUUGUAAUGGUAAAAGAAGAUGAAACAUUCCCAUGUGACUUAAUAUUUCUAUCAAGUAGUAGAGGAGAUGGAACAUGUUUUGUUACCACAGCUAGUUUGGAUGGUGAAUCCAGUCAUAAAACUUACUAUGCUGUUCAAGAUACAAAGGCAUUUCACAAUGAACAAGAAAUUGAUGCACUACAUGCCACCAUUGAAUGUGAACAACCUCAGCCUGACCUUUAUAAAUUUGUUGGUCGAAUAAAUGUUUACCAUGAUAUGAAUGAGCCUACUGCAAGGCCGUUAGGAUCUGAAAAUCUGCUUCUUAGAGGAGCCACUUUAAAGAACACAGAAAAAAUCUUUGGUGUUGCUAUAUACACUGGCAUGGAAACUAAGAUGGCAUUAAAUUACCAGUCAAAAUCACAGAAGCGAUCUGCUGUAGAAAAAUCAAUGAAUGUAUUCCUUAUUGUAUACCUCUGUAUUCUCAUCAGUAAAGCACUAAUAAAUACUGUCUUGAAGUAUGUCUGGCAGAGUGAACCGUUUCGUGAUGAGCCAUGGUAUAAUCAGAAAACAGAGCCAGAAAGGAAAAGAAAUCUGUUUCUUCGAGCUUUUACAGACUUCCUUGCAUUCAUGGUUCUUUUCAACUACAUUAUUCCUGUAUCCAUGUAUGUCACUGUGGAAAUGCAGAAAUUUCUUGGUUCUUAUUUCCUUACGUGGGAUGAGGAAAUGUUUGAUGAGGACACAGGUGAAGGACCACUGGUGAAUACUUCUGACCUCAAUGAAGAGUUGGGACAGAUUGAGUAUGUCUUCACAGAUAAAACAGGGACGUUAACUGAGAACAACAUGGAGUUUGUAGAAUGUUGCAUUGAAGGGCACGUUUAUGUACCACAUGUUAUCUGCAAUGGCCAAAUUAUCCACGAUUGUACAGGCAUUGAUAUGAUCGAUUCCUCUCCAGGAGGAAGUGGAAAGGAGAGAGAGGACUUAUUUUUCCGAGCCCUCUGUCUUUGCCACACUGUUCAGGUGAAAGAUGAUGACAGUGUAGAUGGAUUGAAGAAAAACCGCCUCUCAAGAAGAUCUUGUAUAUAUAUUUCCUCAUCACCUGAUGAAGUUGCUUUAGUUGAGGGAAUACAGAGGUAG